CGAGUUGAAACGGUUUCUGAUAGCAUGCGAAAUAGAUUAUUACUAAAUAUCGCUUUAAAUUCGAUGUUAACAAUUAUUUUCAUUCUUCUGCAUGAACAAAUAUAACAAUUGAUCGACAACUCUAAGUAGAUAACAUGACCCAUCGUGUAUCCAUACCCCAUUGCCAAUGUAGUAAGUCAAGGAGAGUGUCGUUACUUUAAAGCGAUGAAUCAGUGACUUUGACGUUUCAAGCAAUAGCAAGUAUUGUAACAAUUAACAUUGUUGUAUCUUGCGUUAUUUCUUAAUUUGACAAAAUGAACAGGAUUUUUGGACGGGCUAAGCCCAAAGAACCGUCUGCAAGUCUUACCGAUUGCAUCGCUGGGGUUGACAGCAGAGCAGAUUCUGCGGAAAAAAAGAUAGCAAAACUUGACGCAGAAUUAAAGAAAUAUAAAGAUCAAAUGGUUAAAAUGAGAGAAGGUCCUGCAAAAAACGCCAUAAAGGCUAAAGCAUUGCGUAUUUUAAAACAACGAAAAAUGUACGAAUCACAAGUAGAUAACUUGCGGCAACAGGCAUUUAACAUGGAACAAGCAAACUAUGCCACUCAAACGCUAAAAGAUACUCAGACAACGGUAAUCACCAUGAAAGAAGGAGUGAAACAGAUGCAGAAAGAAUUUAAAAAUCUCAAUAUAGAUCAAAUCGAGGAUCUUCAAGACGAUUUGGCGGACAUGCUACUACAAGCGGACGAAGUACAAGAAGCAAUGGGUCGUAGUUAUGGUAUGCCAGAUAUAGAUGAAGAUGAAUUAACUGCUGAAUUAGAAGCCUUGGGAGAUGAUUUGGGUAUAGACGAGGAUUCGAGCUAUUUGGAUGAUGCCAUAAAAGCACCUAGCGCUCCUGAUAAGGAACCUGGCACUGCUUCUGUGAGGAAUAAGGAUGGUGUAUUGGUCGAUGAAUUUGGCUUACCGCAAAUACCAGCCAGUUAAAACAAUAUUAAAUAGAUUAUUCGAUGAAAACAAAUUAACAAUAUUUACAAAUAUGCCCAAAGACUUUAGGUCCUUGAAAGACUUUGAAUUGCUUUUUACAAAAUGUAAACACAAGCAGCUUCCAAACUAUUCGAACUGUUGGCAAAAACGUGCAUAAAUUUUAAGUCUUUAAUAACUAACAUGAUUGCGUUAUUGUCAUUGGAUAAAUUAUUUUUAUU